AUGAACCAUGUAUGGCCUGCGCCGGAUGAAGCUGAGGCAGCACCAAGUCACCUUCAACACGGCCAUAGAUGCUUGCGCCAGGACGCAGCAGUGGCAGCAAUCCUUGACCCUCCUUGGCGAGAUGUCGGCCGCUGCUCUGCAGCCGGACGUGGUGUCCUUCAGCUCGGCCAUGACAGCCUUGUCUCGGCAGUCACUUCACGCGCAGGCGUGGGGGCUGCUGGAG